CCGCGUGGCUCAGUCUUCGGCUCGCACUGUCCUGUCUGGCCAUGCGUCGCGCACAACUGGCGUCCGCCGCACUAUCGCCCAAACCGUACCGCCGUAGCAGCAACGCCAAGGAGACGACGAGCACGAGAAUCACCGGCGGGAGUUUUUCUUGGGUCCAAAAAUCGGAAUCCAAGGAUCGGCCGGGCCCCGAACCCGGACUAACCCCCCGGGCCUUAUCCGCCCUCGCCGCUAGUUCAGGAAAGGUGUCGACGGUCCUCGAAGAGCUUGCAACCACCGAAGGCGGUCCAACCCUCGGCGGGAUUUCCGGACCCCUGUUCAUCCCGGUUUCAUGAGUUUUUUCUCACUCGCAUCGCGACGCUCGCAGCCCCCGGAGGAGGAGUCAGUGAUACAGGAUCAAAGUGCAUGGGCCCAGUCGAUAAGUUACCUUGCGGAACGGUUUUUCGCCGAUCGAUAUCGAUCGCGGAUCCCUCCCUUCCGCGCUUCAGCCUGAACACUUGCAGUUUCGACCGAUUUUUGACAUGCGUCACGAUCGAUCCAUCAACCAGCUACUACUCGCCACGCGACUGAACGCCGGUUGAACGAGUGUGUGUUGUGCUUGGUUUAAAAAUUCGUCAUCGUAUAGAACAAAUAUUUGUUACUCCUUCCCCUUUUUAUCACACUUUGUACGUUAAUUUUUUUUUUUUUUUUUUUCUUCUCUUCGUUUGUCGUGACGCGUUAUCAGACGAUCGCAUCUCUGCUGUUCUAUAUCAAUAUACGGCGGACGAUUUAUUAAUUAUCCGACACAGAGUCCAACGAGCUAUCAGUGAAAUUAUAUUUGCCACAGUUAUGCAUUUCGCUGUUACGACGGCGUUGCUAUUUUCGAGCACGGAACGUUUCGGAGAACAGGAAUAAUCAAUUCGAUUACAGCACACGGUAGAUAAAUUAUCACAAUAUCGUUGCGACGUUACAAUUAUGUUCUGUGCAGUUCUACUUGCGACGGUGAAAUUCUUCAGCAGUAUGGGCUUGCCGUAAUCGCUAGUGUGAUUUUGAUUUAUAUUGGUAUUACGACAAACUGUUUUCGGAACACUUGUUUAGUGAUACCUAAGUACUAGCGCGAGGAACGCGUCACGUCGCUACAACGCUACGUUCCAAACAAUUUGCGCGAUCACUGAUAUUCUUCUUCACUCUGCACCGUGAAAAUACGCUCGGUAACUUCGCAUUGUGCAGCAGCUUGUGAAUUGUUCAUUCAGUGUGUGAGUUUCAUUUUUUGUGACACGUAAUAUUGUUCAUCCCGUGUUCAAAGGAUCGGAUGGUGCGGGCUGCCUUCUUUGCCUCAACUUAUCUGAGCGGUUGGCGUGCUAGCCAUGUCAGGGGAUCGCCGGGCAGGAGCGCGCCGUGUCGACGUGGAGCCAGGAGACCUGGAUCGCCGGCCCCAUCCAAGGAGCUGAGCCGAAGGACGCCCCGCGGGGACGAGAUUUUACAGAAGGAAUUGAAAUUUAGCUGCACAGUCGACGACGAGCUGAGGCUUGGGAUCUACGGCCUCCCCGCUGGCCUGGCCAGCUACUAUGCGAAUUGAAGCUCUUAGCGCCUUUCUCGCGGUGGUUUGGGUGACCGCAGUCCUGUGUCCGUGGCUUGUUGCCGCGAAUAACCUGACUUCUUCCUUCACGUCACGUCGGCCCAGGGAUCAUCCGUUCAGAGGACACAACCCUGCCUGGAACGUGCCGUUGGAUGAAACGUCGAACAAGCGAAUGACGUAUCGUGAGAUGCAGAAGAUGCUGCGCCGAGAGGCUGGUGACGAAGGUAACCCGGUCGACUGCUGCCCAACCGAUGCAGAGAUGUCGGAACCGCUGGGUGGAACGAACCGGGAUAACAUGUACGUCGACCUCUACCGGGAUGGAGAGAACAAGCAACGAUUUUAUGAAUACUCUUGCAAAAAGGAGGUCCUCGACAAACCGUGCAGGUUCAUCGACCGGAAGCUCAAAAGCCAAUCUCGAUGCGUACAAAAGUUCUCCUACACCUACGCUAUCAUUAAAACCCUCGAUCACAAGGGUGGUUUGGGCGAGCACAGGCACCACCACGGACACCAGAUACUGGCGGUCCCCGGAACUAUAGCCGGGGGUUCUGGGUGGGCAUUGGACUACAUCAAAGUCCGAAGCGGAUGCAGCUGCGAGGUUUCGCCAAAGCCCAAGAAGCAGAAAGCCUCGGCGACGAAGGCUAAAAGGGCGAGAAGCAAACAGCGACAGCCAAGAGACAACGAUCCGGACUUUGAAGCCUGAUUCACGCUUAUCUGUUAUAAAUUCAUAUUAGAAAUUCCGUAAAUAUUUGCCCUGGAAUUUCCAAUUUGUCCAGAAAAACUUAAAGGUUGUUUCCCGAUGUGAACAUGUUGCAGGGAAUUUGGGCAAAAGUCAACCUGCGGAGUGAGAAAUACGUCUUCUUAUAUCUUAGACAUACGCGAAGUUUGUCGCUUAGUUGUUACAGGACCGCAGCUUCUGAAAUCGCUUAACAAGCUUUCCAAUUUUUCCGCACGGAAGUAAAACCUUGGCAUGGUGACGACGACCUUAUUAUCAUUGACCUACCAUUAUCUGGACCAAUUGUUUUCGGCCUCAUACCCACACACACGUGCGUCAAACAAAACUCAUGUAAUCAUCGUAUUUAUUGUCAGAACUUUUACAUAUUAAUACGUCAACAUUUAUAUGAUAGAGAAAAAUAAGUGGCGGGAGAAGAAUUUUUUACAAGAAUUCUAGUUGACAGCCAAUUUAUUGUGGCUUUCAACUACGAUAUCGUGAUUUUCUUCUUCGGUUUAGAGUCCCAAUAUACAUCGAUUUAUCGAUACACCGAAGUUCACUUUCGCUCGACUCCCUGUGGUCAGCUUAGGAUCUGACUGAUUGUUGGCUUUAUUCGAUAACGUGCAAAGAGUUUUCAUAUUUUAAACGUAGUGGCAAAAAUUUCAAAAGCGCUUCGUGACUCUCUUAUCGCUUAUAGGUGUUAAUCGAUAUGGCAAAAAUGUGGUUUAUCACUCCGAAUUUAUCCAAAUGAAACGUCAAUGGAUUUUUGAGAUACUGAAAUACAAGACCUGCUCACCUUUUUGGUACUUAUCAGCGCGACAUUUCAGUGUGAGUCGGGAUCAGUGAACCGAGGGGAUAUUCAAUAAAACAAAAAGAAAAGUCUCGAGACCACUUUACACUAAUAAUUUAACUUUACGACGUUUAGGUUAUAGUUUUUAUAUGCGGCCAGUUCUUAUUAAUUCUUGUAUAUGAAAAUUUGUACCUAUAUUUGAUUACUUCAUGUAUGAUUAGAUUUCUUCAUAAUUAUCAUAAGAUUUACGCGCGCAGUUAUGCCGCGCGUCAGUAUUCUAAGUAAUAUCUGAUUGUUUGAUGGAUCUGGGCGUAUUCUGGGAUGUAAAUAUAUCCCGGAUACAAAUAAGAGAAGUAAAAAUGUUAAGAAAAAAAAUAUUAUUAAAAAUUUUUUUUUUUUUUUAGCUCUACUAGAAAAUAUUUAAUGAAAUUGUCUAUUGAAUAGAUUAACUAAUUAUAUAUGUAUGUGUAUAUAUAUGCAUAUAUACAUAUGUAUAAUAUCGCGAUACUUGUGAACUGACUAGAAAAUGUACGUGGUGUGCCAAUUAUGACGCCAUAUCUUUGAGCAAUCUGGUGUGAUUGAAAUUUAAAAAUUGUGUUCGGGAUUUUUUUUUCUCGCUCUUCUAUUUCGAAUUGUUUUGUUCUCUUCGAUAGUAGAUUAUUAUACAUAGGUAUGAAAAAUUUGUUUAAUUUCAUUUCCGAUAAGAUCCUAUCUACCGUCGACAAAAUAAUGAAAGACACUAUCGCCGUAAAUUCUUAUUAGAUAACAUUGAAAAUAUCAUUGGCAUACCGAUAUUGAGAGUAACAUUGAUUGAAAAGUAAAGUCUUGUCAAACUCGAUGAUCACAUAAUGUAGUGAUUUUCGAUCGAUUUCUGUAACGAGUACGAAUGAAUUUCUCAAAGAUGCAACAGUCGUUGGCUACUACACCAUGUACAACAUCAUGUUGUAUUUAUGAAUAUGUGUUAAAAUGUAUCUAAAAUGAAAUUACGAUUUAUUAACGUAAUUGAAUCAUUAAUUACUAUAAAUAUUCUCACCCAAUGCAAUUAUCGAGAGAGACUCGGUAGCAACAUUAACUUUUAUUAAUUUCCGUGUAUUAUACAACACUUGGCCUCCAGAGACUAAACGCAGCUCUCUGUACAUCCGUGUAAACAUUGUACAUAAACAC